AUGACCUCAUCAGAGGAGGACUGUGACAUCAUCAGAGGAGGACAGCCAGUGUGUUCUGUGGCUCUAGAACAUGUGGAGCAGUCUGCUCUAGAACAUGUGGAGCAGUCUGCUCAAGAACAUGUGGAACAGUCUGCUCGAGAACAUGUGGAACAGUCUGCUCGAGAACAUGUGGAACAGUCUGCUCUAGAACAUGUGGAACAGUCUGCUCUAGAACAUGUGGAGCAGUCUGCUCUAGAACAUGUGGAACAGUCUGCUCUAGAACAUGUGGAGCAGUCUGCUCUAGAACAUGUGGAACAGUCUGCUCUAGAACAUGUGGAACAGUCUGCUCUAGAACAUGUGGAGCAGUCUGCUGUAGAACAUGUGGAACAGUCUGCUCUAGAACAUGUGGAGCAGUCUGCUCUAGAACAUGUGGAACAGUCUGCUCUAGAACAUGUGGAGCAGUCUGCUCUAGAGCAUGUGGAACAGUCUGCUCUAUAA